UUUUCCGUAGCUUUGCCCGAACUUGCAGUUGUUGCUGUUAUUAACGUACAGAGGAGUAAAACUCGAGAUUAUCGACGUCAGGAUGGACCUCCACCAGCCGCACCUGAUCAGCGAUUGCCUCAUCCACGUCUUCACGUUCCUGACAGAUGAAGAUCUGAUCAGCGCCUCCAGUGUGUGUCAGGACUGGCACCAAGCUGCAGAGACUCCUUGGUUAUGGAGGAGGAUGUGUCUGCAGCGCUGGACCUUCUGUAACAUCGCAGUCCUGGGCAGUGAAGGUGUGGAUCACUCCUGGAAGAGAUACUUCCUACGACGCCUUCACCUGGAGAUGAAGAUGACGAAGGGACGCACGGGAGGUUACACCUGCAAGAGCCUCAGAGGACACACAGGCAGGGUGGUGGGGUUCGUGUACCUGCAGGAGAGCUCAGCUCAGCUCCCUCACCUCUGGAACGCCAGUGCCACAGUGUGCAGCGCCUCUGCUGAUGGCACCGUCCGAGCAUGGAACAUCCAAAAUGGUGAACCCCUGUGGUGCAGUCCUGUGCAGAGUCCUUUGACAGGGAUUGUAAGUGAUGAGCAGCAUGAAGUUGUCAUCACAGCAGACUCCACAGGCCUCAUCAAGACCUGGCAGGGUCAGACCGGCCAGGAGGUGGCCUCCUUUUCUGCCGGGUCUCCACACUGCACGUUACUACAGUACAGUGUCAACGACAACUGGUUUCUGACUGUCGGAACCAGUCAGGGGGCUGUGUGCACACUAGCCGAUUCAGCUUUGGCCAAACGGUCCAGCGUAAUGGUGUGUGACUCAUUCAAAGUAAACACACUCUUAGUUUCACCUGACAAGAAAUGGAUCAUGGCUGGAACCAAGGACAAUGAUGACUUAAGUCCAAAGGUGAUUUACACUGAGAGCUUGACCUCUCCCUCCGAGGAUGAAGAUCCUCUGUGCCAGUCGGUGCCAGUCAUUGGGUGCCAGGCUGCUGUCUUCAUACCCACCCAGCCUGCCAGACUGGCCAUCAUCCACCACAGUGAGCGCCCAAACAACAAAGUCCUCUCUGUCUUUGAUGUCAGCAUUAAGAAGACAAAGUACAAGUCCGAGAUACAGGUCCAGCAGGUGGGGUCCUUCCCCUUGACACUCAACACCAGGUCCUCACACGUCCUUUUAGAGGCCAAGGACAGCAACUGCUUAGUGCUGGCAGCUGACCAGGAGCUGUGGGUCUACUCUCUGAAAGGAGCCCUGCUCGCCAGCUUUAAAGAGCAUACGCUGCCUAUCUCUUCUAUGUGUGUGGACAGCUUCCGUGUGGUGACAGCAUCUCAGGACCUCUCCUUACGGGUGUUGACAUGGAGAAAUGACGGAGACCGUGGGCCAACGCUGGAGAGUCAGUACCACUUACUGGGAGGCUCUCACACCAUGUCUAGAGGGUUCACUCACGUCGCCUGCGACUACUCCAGCAUCGUGGCCUCAGUCGAAGGGAAAGAUGGGAAAGAUGUUUUGAAAGCAUAUUCUUUCACUUCCUGAGCAACACUGCUCCACCUAAAGGACUGGAAGGAGGAACACUUGCUUUUAUUAUGAACUGCUCUUCAUGUAUGCUUGUGUCUGUGUUUACAGAAAACUGAAUGUCACACUAAUUGCAGGUGAGAAACACUUUUACAGGAAAGGCAUUGCUUGUUAAGAAAAGCGAAGUCCGUAUAGGUCUCCCUUAUAUAUAUAACUACAGUGUUGUAGUGGAGGCAUGUCAGUGUGAAAUGUGACCAGUCUUAAGGUAUAAUUAAUUGUAAAAUAUAUUUUGGUCCCUCGAGGCCUCAUUACAGAAAUUAUUGCUUGUAAGUAUCAAAGACAGGAACAAUCCUAUCUGCCUGUUAUAGAAGCACUAAACUCAUAGUUGUGUCCUAUCAGCGUGUCUUAAAAAAAAACCUUGCUUGAACUGUAAAUGAAUUUUUUAAUUGGCACUCCUCUUGUCAUGCCUGUGUGUGGAGUGCACACAAGACUGCCAGUAUCUGUGAUAAUGGUUGUAUAACUUGGAUUCACGUAUGAGUUAUCGUGCAGUAAUGUACCAGGAAAGAUGGGCGUUAAAUUUUAGCUUUGAUGUAUGUUGGUGGAUGAGAGGUUAGCCUAAAUACCCAUCAAUGCAUGGUCUGGGAAAAUUAAAGCCAGCAGGCUUACAUCAGUGUUAGCUUCUCCAACAGGCUUAAAUCAAUGUUAGCUUUUCCAACAGGCCUAAUGUGAGCCUGAGGGAAAAGCUAACAUUGGUGUAACACCCGUGUUAGCUUUUCUAACGGGCUUACAUCAGUGUUAGCUUCUCCAACAGGAUCACACCAGUUUCAGCUUCUCCAGCAGGCUCAUACCAAAGUUAGCUUCUCCAGCAGGCUCAUACCAAAGUUAGCUUCUCCAGCAGGCUCAUACCAAAGUUAGCUUCUCCAGCAGGCU